AUGGCUCCCCGGAAGAAGAAGACGCCAGCUGCUAAUGAUCAACCCCCUGCUAGCCUAGAACUCUUGAAGGAAUCCUAUCAAGCUCUUCAAGAAUUCCAUCAAACCGUCACUGAAAAGGCCCAAGGCGUCUCGCCCAAUCGAUUCGCAGGUGCCAAUAACCUUUCUAUUUUCCAGCAGCUUUUGGAACACUUCAAAACGAUCAUCGACCAUCAGACAGGCAAUCAAAAAGACGAUGCCCGAUUGGUCAAGGAGUGCUCCCGGUUGUGUGAUUUUUUCAGGCAUCAAGUCGCAUCCUUAUACGCACUACCACUCAAAAAUAUCUUCGCGCCAAUCAAACCUGCGUUCCCGGUCACGAGCUCACCAAUCUUGGGUCUCAUGAGCUACAUUUACGAGGCCAAACUUGAACGAUGUCGAGCCCCAUUCUCACUUGUUCGGGAGACUCGCUUCAAGGACGAUUCGGAACAUAUCGGCCAAUGCUGGGAGCGUAUUUUGGCCGCCUUUGGAGAGGGAAUCAGAAUUUUCAUGAACAAUGCGCAACAUGGCACAAAAACCAGUCAAUUCCAAAUCUUGGUUGGAAACGUUUUUUACCCAUUUCUGGCUCACGUGGCAGGCUUCCAAAACUCAACGAACCCACACAGGCUGAGCGAAUAUGUGAAGAGAUCCGUUAAACUGACAUUCAAUCCGAACGAUAAGCUUUUGGACGCUGGGGAAGCCUUGAGCGGGGGAUCGGCUGAAAAUAAGGAGUUAAUACGAGACCCUACCAUAUUCGGCCCUGCGAUACUAUCCCACAUUAUCUUCAACCACUCCGACUUUAUUACCGCCAACACAGCGUUACAACUAGCUUUCGUCGUUGCACCACCGCUCAAAAUGGGUAAAGGAUUACCCAAAGGUGUGAAGGCCCCAAUAGAUACGAAGACAGCUCGGCGAAAUUGGUUCAUUCAGAUUUUCCCAGCCGAAAAAUUUGGUAAACCCUUUCAAGAAGAAAUGGUAUCUCAGUUAGUUUCCAUGUCCAGCAAGCAGUUUUGGGUUGGUCUUGGUGACAUUCAGGACAAAAUUUUCCAGAAUGAUCAUUCCAGAGCUUGCGCCAUGCGAAUCCAAAGUGGAUCUAUCUUGGAUAAUAAGAUUCGAUUUAACACUUGUGUGGCGCCGAUUUUUAACGGAACUGUUCAAUUCAACAAGCACUCCUUGACUUGGAGUUGCUUGGUUGCAAAGCCGGGAGAUGAUCUUGUCAACGAAAGUGAAGAAAUAACUGCCGAAAUAUGUUACAACGCGAUCUUGGCAGCCCAGCUUAGUGGGAUAUCGAACUCUAGUGAAUCAAUGCCCCAAUACAAUGAAUUGACUUUAUCUAUAGAGUUCAGUGGUAACUUUCCUGUCCACAACUGUGCACCAAUGAUCCAUUACGCACCAGAUAGCGAUGCCAUAGGAGCAACACUGGUAUUAAAAUUGCAGUCUCAGUAUGCCGAUGCAAUUCUAAGCAUCUUGAGGGAACGACAAAUCCAAUUCUCCUAUGCCGCAAGUUGCGGCCAAUCGCCACUGACGGAUGAUGACAAGGACACGAAGAUUGUGGACGUAGAAUCCGACCGAGAUCCCCCCCAAACUAUCGAAAAGAUAAAACGUGAAACAUCGAAAAUAUCAAUUUCCAAGGAACCGGUUUGCUCUUGGGAAGCUGAAAAUCCCUUACAAGCUCCACCACAUCCGAAUUCGCAUCAAAGGGUCGAAAAGGGUCGCCCGAUGGUAUCUUCUCCUGUUGUAGACUCGUGCACAAGGCAACAACUCGGUCAAGAACAGAAAUCAAAACGUAUUCGAAUCAUCGAGUCGCCAAAUGAUUCAAUUCAUUCGCCACCAGCGUACCGGUCCAGAAAGGAUUCAGAAAACAAAUCCAAGACAUUUCCACAUUCAGUCUUGCGCCAGACACGUGGCACCAAAGUCAAAAUCCCAUUGCUUAAGCCUAUGAAUUCUGACGAGAACAUUCGACAAAAAUCAGAUACGCGUGAAACAAAAUAUGAUAUGAACCAUAUUGAAGAUUCGAUUCUCUCGCGAAAACAAUUGAAGAAACCUGCUCGAGCAGCCUCGGAAGAUAUUAUCGAAUCGUACUCUGAAGCUGAAGAGAAAGAAGCUUCAAUCCGAUCAGAGAGUAUUGACUUGAUCCCUGAUGAUUACGGGCAAAUCAUGACCGGCCUUGAACCUGAACCCACCUCGCGCCAUGAGUCUGACGUGGAGGACGAAAUUAUACGAUCUUCCCAAUCUUCUGAUCACACUAUGGAAAUGAAGAUAGCAAAAACGCAACCAGGAAGGAAAUUUAAGGAAGUCGGUCACCUCAGUGUUAUGGACUUGGCGAGUGGGUUUCGCUCAGCGACUCGAAAAGAGGAAGUAGGCAGGAUCCGAAAAACUCAAACAAAAUUUUGGAAACAUUCCAAUGAAGCGCAGACCGGGCCUCUUGAAGGUUGGAAUCCAAAAAUCGCAUCAGAGUUUAAGCCAAAGAAAAUCUCACCCACGAAACAUCGGCUGGAGCGUGACACCUUUUCACCUGAAGUCGAAAUCAUUGAGAAAGCCCAUGCAUCCUUCCAGAGUCCUACUUAUGACUCGGAUAUCCGAGCCGAGCAUUGCAAAAACGUCACCAACCGCAAAGAGCCAAACAGAAAAAAGCCUCAAUACGAAAGCCAAAUCUCUAACACGCACUCGCAAUACGCCUUACAGAAGGAUGAAAACACUGCCAGAAUGGUUUCAGAUUCGAAAACAAAAAAACCAACCAAAUACUCGAUCCCGUCCAUCUUUGCUGGCUUCAAAAAGACACUCCAAACCCCAUCUUCUGUCGACCUGACCACCCGAAAAACAUUCAAUCCAUUCAAAGAUAGCCUAAAACCUGUGAAGAUAUCUGAGGCUAGCGGCUCAAAGGGCUUGGGAGGGGUGUCAGACAUGGGUGUGGCUUCAAGCACUCCUUUAUCUAGAAUGCAAUUGGAGGGCGCUGAGAGGAGAAAGAAAUUUAUGAGGAAGUGUGAGGAUCCGCUCAAAGCAAAACAACUUAGGUUCGAGUCGCCUCGCAAUGCUCUUGCACCGCAAAAUACUAGCAAAACAAGAUCACACAAAAGGGGCCUUUCGAAGAGGGAUUACCCAUCUCCGGUUGAAGAGGAUCACAUUAGUGAAGAUGAAAUUUUGCAAUCCAUCAAACAAAGGAAAUUUCAACCCGACAUCCUGAGCGAUAACAAAGAUCUGUUAAAGUCCGCUCUAAAAACUAGUACACCCUCUCGACCGACCCCUAGGUUUGACCUCAAGAAUUUUCAGAAGAAUGAAACAGAUAAACCAUGGGAAAGAGAUGUAUCAAGCUGUAUGAAUCAGUUAUCAGAGAUGGUGGUUGCCGGUAUCAAAAAUAAACAAGUCAAGAUCCAAGGUGCCGCUGCCACCAAUCAAUUAGGUGUCCUUAACUCAACCGACAAUCUUGUGAAAGAAUUUGACAGCCAAAGUGAAGCAAUCACAGACAGGAUCACGCAACGUGCACGCCAUACACAAAAUGAAUAUAAGCAACACCACAAUGACAUCAAACAACAUUCCGAGAAAAUUGAACAAGACGUCAAUUGGAUGAAGGAUUACAUCAAAGAGCGCAACAAAGACACCUUUCUUGAGGCUUAAUGUUUUAGAUCAGCUACACCCAUCCAUCAUCUUCCAAUACUUUAACCCUACACAAUCAAUCUUAAAUGACAGAUUAUGCUUUGUAUUUUGCAUGUUGUAGUUUUAUUUCCUCUAUGCGCUUUUGCUGGUCUAUGUAACAUUAUGUACUUGAUUUGUUUAUCUCUUGA